AUGAUGCACAUGUACUGUUUAGAAGCACUUGACAAGGCAAUGAAAUCGAUACUUGAUCCAGAUAUGACAUUCGGAGAGUGGAUAUUGAGAAUCGGCAAUGGCGAUGUUGGCGAGGUCAAGGAUGGUGAUGCUACAAUUGAAAUUCCCGAUGACAUGCUGAUUCGUGAUUCUGCAGAUUCCUAUUUGAAUCUUAUCGAGUUUGUUUAUCCCGAUCUGAGAGGAGAAGGAAUGUACUUGCCCGUACCUGUUGUCAGUCACGGACAACUCUAUGUUGCACUCUCGAGAGUUAAGAGUCAGAGUGGCAUAAAGAUUUUGAUCAACUCGAAAUCUAGCGAUACGACCAACGUUACAAAUAAUGUUGUAUACAAAGAAGUUAUUCAGCGUAUAUGA